AUGGGUACUCCAAGCUCCGGCGAUUGCUAUCCGUUCCAAAGGCCUAGGGUUUCUGUCACCGCAUUACAACCAAGAACUGAUCCAGUGGUGUUAGACAGAUAUCCAGCUCCUAAAGCUAAAACGCCAGAAGAACUUGAGACAUCCUUCGUACAGCUAUUCAAAUAUUACAACGAAGCAGCAGCUCGUAAUAAGGAGGAGGAUUGUGUACCUGAAUUCGCUGAGUGUGAACAGAAGCUUAUCAAAGUAAUCAGACAGUUCAGAAAUGUCAAAACAGUUUAUCACAAAUUUUUUCCCCAGUUAGUAAAUCUUAAAGAGGUUUUUCCAUUGAUGAUUGAAUUAUUAAAAGAUGAUAAAUGCGGGAAGCGUUUAGCUAGUUGUACUCUUUCGACAUUCGAAGAGCUAACUCAUGAGGAUUAUGCAGUCCCUGGUCAAAGAGAACCAGUUGCGUUAUUGGUGAAAUCUCUAGUUCACAUGGGAGCUUUAGAAGUAUUUGUUUCUACUCUUGGCAAGUUUUCUGAAAGGGAUGAUUUGCGAGCAGUACAAAAUGUCGCGCAGCUGCUUUUUCAAUCAGCAGCAGCUGUAGCAACAAUUGCCGGAGGUAAUCACAGAUUCCAGUUAGGCCAAAUGGGCACUGUGCCUGUUGUUGUAAAUGCUCUUUCAUCUCUUACAAGUUCUGACGAAGAAAAAACAGAAGAAGAAGAAGACCUGCCUUGGACUUUGUUUGGUUGUUUAUUUUUUCUAUUAGAACAUCUGGAGAACAAAGUGCAUUUUGUCAAUGCUGGAGGAGUCAAGGUAAUGAUUAAACUUAUCCAGGAUGAGGUAUUGGAUGAUUAUUUUUGUGGGUCUGCGAUUGCGGCACUUGAUGUAACGAAAGAUUGUCCUGGCGCUGCUUCUGACAAGUUUGUGAAUGAUGCUUUGGAAUUGGACAUUGCAAUAUUCCCUCCUUCCAUAGAUACGAUUCAUGGGAGCACUAUGCAUUUUAAAGCAGAAAUUGAAGAAUGUCUUAUAUCUCUAAUCGAAUCAUUAACUGGUGGCAUUGCCGAAAUGAAAAAAGAUAUAUUUGUAAAAAAGUUUGAGGAGAAUGAUGGUGAAAGAAUCACUUGGCUUAUGGAGCACUUCAUACGAUAUUCCAAAAAGGUUGAUGCAGUGGCGAAUCAUCUCAAAAACAAACAGCUGGAUUUGUCUGAGCUCUACAAGGAAAAAUUGCGAUGUGGAUUCUCCACGCUUCAGUCGAUUGCUGUUAUUCUUGGUUAUCUUUGGUCGUCAGAGAUAAAUGCGAAGAUUGAAAGUGAAUUGUCUCGUCACCAGAUAGAGAAGAAAGAUGUGCAGGAUAGUCUCUCAGAAUAUCGUGACAACAUUGGGAGCACAGGCAGAUCAGUAGAAAGUACAAAGACAGUGAUCGAGGAUUACAUUGCUUCCCUUGAGGUUAUAUGCUUUGAUUCUUUGAAUUAUUCAUCUUUAAAUGCAAGUAUGGCAUUGUACUAA